CGCAGCCGAGCUUUCAGUGCUAGAGUUGUGAGGCUGACGAGUGGCGGAGCACGUCGCAAAAUCUAUCGAAUUCAAGUGCGUCGGAAAGGCGGAAAAUCAUGCCGUGCUCCGCGAUAACCCUGUCCCUGGCCACGAUCACGGCUAUUGUGUCCGUGGCCAUGCUGGCCAUCGCCUUUUCCACGGAUAACUGGCUCUCCUACGAGGUCAAGAGGUCCAACAUCUUGAAAUAUGCUGCUGAAAAGGGUGACCAGAGUGCCUUGGUGGACAGCAUGAACACGCAGUACUUCUACUACACGCGCACCAAGGGUCUCUUCCGCAUUUGCUACCCUAAGGAACGCCCUCCCACAGUCGAGACGUACCUGAGCCCCGUGGAGACGCACUGCAUGAACGUCGACUACUUCAUUCCCGACACCGACAACGUGACCAAGAACUACUCUGAGGAGGCUAUGACUCGCCUACACAUGGGCCGUGCAGUGAUCGCCCUGUUCAUCGUCUCAUUCUUUGUGGUGUUCGUCGCGUUCUGGACCGGCGUGGCCGGCUGCUGGAGACGCUCCCCGGCCAACAUCACAAGCACAGCCAUCCUCAUGCUGCUCGCAAGUUUGUUGAGUGCCGGAGCGAUGGGAUUGUGGCACGGAGUGGAAUAUUAUGAGAAGGAAAAGGUUGUCGGAGACGAGUACUAUCAGCAGUGGAGCAACGCCCUGAGAGACAACACUGACAUUUCCUAUGACUGGUCCUUUAUACUCGCUUGGCUGGGUGUGGGCUGGGCUCUGAUCUCGGCCAUCCUCUUCUCGGGGGCGGCCAUCUGUUUGCGCGGGGAGCGUGACCGGGAAGAGGCUGCCAAUAUGCAUUACCUCAUGCCUGUCUACCCACAAAAGCAGCAGCAGUACGCCUAUGGAUACGCCUACCCUGGACCAUAUUAUCACGGCGCUGCCUACGGCCCGUACGCCCAGUACUGAUCAGAAAAACAGACGCAACAUCGAGAAUGAUUUCUGCUCGACGAUGAGUGACUGAAGAGAAAAGAGUGCAUGUGACUCAUAUUUAUACAGAACAAACUCCAUGAUCGAUUUUUGCAUAAAUAUUCGGUGCAGAAAAGCACAAUUUUCGCGCCUGAGUAUUAUUUUCCAACUCUGGAUUUUAUCGAAAAAAGGAAAGAAUGACGGAAGGCUUAUUUUUUAGCCUAUUUUAAUUUAAGGAGUGCUCUUAGGAUUAUAAAAAAAGAAACAGUAAUUCUGCGGUCGCAUUUUGGCCGGUUUUAUACGAAGUAAUAAAUAAUUUGCUCUCAUUUUUUUUUAAAGCUGAUUGCCAUUUUAUCAAACACAAAUUAUGUAUCAGCAGAAAGACAUGACUGCUGACGAAACUCAGUAUAUUUUUUUUUCUCCAGAUUAUAGAGAUAGGCUGAAUGAACACUCUGUUGUACAUAGAUCAGUGAUAGUGGUUACAGAAUAUCAACUUGAGUUUGCCAAACGCUUUUGUUUGAUGUCUUAUCAAAUGAAGUGUACAAACAAUUAAUUAUAAAUUACAAUAAAAUCUUAAAGUUUAUAGGAUAAAUAAA